GUAGUACUCCACUUGUAGUGCAAUAAAAGAGAAGAGGUUACUACUGCUGAGCUUAGCCCACAUUCGACUACGUUAUUAACAUUCCAUCAAAAGACGAGCGACAAGCUUUUGGUUUCACUCGCAUAUUUUAUUGCGCUACAAGUGGAGAGUAGAGGCAGAGCUGAACACAACUCACUGAUUUUUUAAACCUUGAUUUGACAGUAUAACUCAGAUUGUAGCCCAGUGAGUCACUGUACUUCCUCUUUAAGCUUAACUUUGUUGGCUUUACAAAGUGUUCUGGUGUGUGUGGACGACAAGACAUCAAGAAAAAUGUUCAAAGGUGCUUAUCUUCUGGUGGUCAUGACAGUCUUAGCUGAGGUGGUUGUUGAGAGCUCUGGCAGCAUUUUACCUGUGGACGAGGUGUCAGAUUGUCUGAAAAGAGGUUACACAGCAGCCGGAAAGAGAAAUUGUGGUUUCGAUGAAGCCUGUGAAGAUGCAAAAUAUAAGGAUGCAAUACUGCCAUGCAUACUCUUAGGAUAUGAUCUCAUUUACCAAGACUCAUCAUAUCACAGGGAUAGUGACUUUGAAAUGUAUGGUAUGGCUCAUUGUGCAAUAGACAGAUGUUCUGAGGGAUGGAAAAAGAAACCGAAAGCUCAUGGCAACCAAUUGCAGAUCUUUUCAGGGUGGGCUGAGUCAUUCUCCUCUUGCCUGGCUGCAGUGAAGGACUGUGCAAAGCCUGAAAGGAAGAAAGAGGAGUUCUGAGUAUGAUUUAGUCUCAUGUCUGUUGUCCUACUUUAUGGGGGAAGUUAAUAAGUGUCUAAGGAAAUGUACUAACAUUGCUAUAAUGGCAUGUGCACUCCAAAAUUCUGACUUCUUUCAAUGCUCAUGAUUCCAAACUAGAAGUUGCUUCUUUGUCUUGCCACUAGAUGGUGGCCUGUACCUUUUCAGAAUAAAAAAUAAAACACUGUUUUUUUUAAGUAAGAAUAAGUGAGAAUAAGGAAGAAUAGGCUGUACCUUUCUAUAUGGUAAUCAGUGGCUCCCAAACCUUUUUGCUGUGGAGACCUACCAAAAGCUGUCAUAUUUUUCCAGUGACACCACAAAUAAAGUAAACCUAUAUUAAUUGUCACAAACCUGCUCUCCUUCCUCUCUGUCCAUAUAUAUGUCUCUGGUUUGGUCAACCAGGAAGAUGUCAGUUAGACUGAGUGCUGGGAUGGUAGGGCUUGGCCCCUUGGUGUGGAGGUGUUUAGGGGUUAAAUGCAGGCAUCAUGUUGGAAUUAGGGUCCUGACAGUGCAGUGUAGGGGUGCUGUGAGUUUCUAGGAGAGGGAGUAAAUGGCUUAAAGAAGUGUUCCUAAAUCAGGGUCCAUUAGGAUGUGCAGUUAUUUGCUCUAACCGAGCACUAACACACCCUUGAUUAGUUGAAUCAAGUGUUUUCAUGGAGUACCCUCAUUUAGGAACGCUGCAGCUUAAAAUAUUGGAGGAUUUGAGAAUAUUUUUUCCUCAUGGAAGUGAAAAAGCUCUGCAAUUAGUGUGCUGUCCAGGGGAUUUACUUGUACAUCAAUGCUGUCUCACCACAGAAUCAGCGUAUAAACGCCUGUCCUAUGGUUUGGACGUGGAGCAAACUAGGGAUUUGUUACAGGUUCAAGUGUAAUCUUUUUGUUGGAUCUGUUCCUGUAGACAAUAUUUUAUGACCGUUUUUACUUUGAACUAGUAAAUAUUAUAUCUGUACAAGUGCUAUAUCUUCGUGGAUAUGUUGUGUUUGUUUAUGAAAUAAAAAUGACAAUAAUA